AUGGCACCCAGACCACGCUUGAACGCCUUGCGAGGGCCGCUGAGAACGCUUCACAGCUGCUCACGAGCCGCGCAAGCAGCCACCGCUUCUCUCGCCCUCCCUGCGACUGUCGCUUCUUCUCUCGCUGCUGCUUCCGCCGGGAGUGAGACGACCGCCUCGACGACGAGUCUGAACGGGUGGAUCAGGUCUGUGAGGAGGCAGAAGAACGUGUCAUUUGCGGUGUUGAGCGACGGAAGUCAGGUUGGCGGAGUGCAGGUCGUCCUGCCCAAGGGGUUGGACGAGAGCUUGACGGUAGGAUGUGCGGCGACGCUCAAGGGGAAAUGGGUCGACAGUCGAGGAGCAGGGCAGGACAAGGAGUUCAAGGUCGAGUCCGUCGACUUUGUGGGCGAGAGCGACGCCGAGACGUACCCCAUGCCCAAUACGAAGCAGGGGAUCCCGCUGCCGGUCAUGCGACGGAACGCACACCUGCGGUUACGGAGGGAUGGGCCUGCUGCGAUGGUUCGAGUACGGAGCGAGAUGAACUGGGCGAUGGCAGAACACUUUCGAAGACAAGGGUUCGUGAGGGUAGACAUGCCCGUCAUCACUUCGUCGGAUUGCGAGGGAGCUGGCGAGGUCUUUCGCGUCGUCGAAUCGAGUCCGUCUUCUCCAGCACCGGCCAGUACAGCACCCGCCUCGUCCCCUUCUCCGCCUGAACCGUCAACUGCCGCUCACCCACCACCUCCAUCUCGCUACCUCACCGUCUCGACUCAACUCCACCUCGAAGCAAUCACUUCCUCCCUCCCUCGCGCCUACACCCUCGCACCCUGUUUCCGCGCCGAAAAGAGUGAUACAGCGCGACACCUCCAGGAAUUCUGGAUGCUCGAAGCCGAAGUCGCUUUCCUGGACGCGGAUACGCCGACUGCGUUGGAUCAGGUCAUGACUGUUGCGGAGGAGACGGUCAGAGCGGUUGCGGGACACGUGAAGGCCAUGCCGGAGAUCGAGCGGUACUUUGCGAAGCACUCGCCGGGGCUGGAGGAGCGGCUGGAGGCGCUCCUCGCGCCGGAGCGAUACGUGCGGAUGAGCUACACCCGCGCCAUCGAGUUGCUGCAGGAGCAUGCGGCGGCGAACCCGGACGCCUUCGUCUUCCGCCCGACUUGGGGCAGCGGGUUGCAGACGGAGCACGAGCGGUGGUUGGCGGAAGAGCACGUCAAGGGGCCUUUGUUUGUCACCGACUAUCCCUCGGCCCUCAAGCCCUUCUACAUGCUCCCGAACGAGUCGUCGUGGACCGUGGACAGCUCGCGCCAGACGACCACCUGCUUCGACCUCCUCGUCCCGUCGCUGGGCGAAUUGGCAGGCGGCUCGUUGCGUGAACACCGGCUGGACAAGCUCGUCGCGGCGAUGGACAAGCACGGGCUUGACCGCAACGCGUACGAGUGGUACCUCGACUUGCGGCGGUACGGGACGACGAGGCAUGGCGGGUUUGGGCUCGGGUGGGAGAGGCUGGUUGGGUUGCUGACGGGCGAGAACAACGUCAGGGAGUGCACGGUGUUCCCCCGGGCGGCGGAGGGGAGCCGGUUCUGA